AUGGGAUGUACUACUUCUAAAGAUAUACGCACAAAAGAUGUGAAAAUUAUCAUCUCAGCUCCUGAAAAGGUAAAUAGAAUUUCAUCGACAAUAAUUGAUGAUGAAAAAUAUCCACUUCCGAAAAAAGAUUACGGAGGAGAUAGAUUGGCUUUACAACAUCAUAUUUUUAAAUACAUAUGGCAAAAUAACUUUUCGGCUCCAGUUGAUAAAAAAUUAGAAACCGGUGCAAAGAUUUUGGAUUUUGGUUGUGGAACUGCUACUUGGCUCAUAGAUUUAUCAUCACAAUAUCCAAAUUCUUCUUUUUUUGGUGUCGAAAAGCCCUCUAAAGCACUUCGUGAUCUCACUCCAUUAACUCCAUCAAGUGUUUCACUUCAAUAUUGUGAUAUUUUAUCCAAAUUGCCAUUUGAGGAUGAAACAUUUGAUUUUAUAUAUGUACGGUUUAUGGCUUCUGAAAUACCUGAUAAUAAAUUUAAAGAAGUAAUAAAUGAGUUGGUAAGAAUUUUAAAAAUUGAUGGAUAUCUGGAAAUUAUGGACGUUAAUGUUCAAGGUGGUAACGAAGGAUUGUUUACGCAAGAAUUUAUGUCUUCAGUUCGAUCAUACUAUAUAUCAGAAGGAAUGAAUCCUCUCAUAACAGAAAGUUUAGAACCCUUACUCCGUUCUAAUUCUCAUUUAACCUCAAUAACUACUGAAAAACAAUGUUAUCCAAUUGGUAAAUGGGAUAACCCUAUUGGUGAAGUCGCUCUAAAAAAUUUGUUGAUGGUUUUGAGACAAAUUAAAAUUUAUUUGGCUCCCUACAUGGAUGUUAAUGAAGAUAAGUAUGAAAUGGAUCUUUCAAAAAUUAGAGAGGAAGUUAAUCUUUUUCAAACUUAUUGGAAUUGUGUUAGGGUUUAUGGGAAAAAAAUUUCAUAA